AUGCGGGGCAUUUUGGUACUAUGUCUGACUGUAACAGUCGCGUUUGCCGCGGAGUCUGGAAGCCCUUCGCCCUUCCAGUUUUUAACGACAACGCCCCGGCGUUACGACCCAGGUAAAUAUGAUCCCGGUCGUUAUGAUCCCAGCAGAUAUGACAAGUCUGGAAAGUGGACUCCUGAUAAUUCUGGAGCGUAUAACGGAGACCGUGGAGACCGCGGUGGUGCUGGUGGUUUCUACACUGGUUCUAGCAGUGCCGGUGGGCCAGGAGGUGGUUAUGUUUACGAUGGAGAAGAUGGUGGAAAAUACAAACCCGAUAAUAAUGGUUUUCCCACUGGUGGCGCUUAUCAGGGCGGUCCGAACGCUGGAUCUGGUAAUACGGCGUCUGCUUUCGCAUCCACAACUCCCGAAUACACUGCCACGCCCACGGAACCUGCACCAACUACUGCUGCCCCUACCCCGUCACCAACGCCUCGCCCAACCCCGACAUUGCCACCAGUGUACAAGCCUGCACCCACGCCAGCCCCCACAAAGCCACCGUUGGUUGCGUUCGUAAGCAAUGUGAAUGACGGAAAAUACAAAUACAGACAGGGGAUCAUCCGUUUGGAGCACGACUACCGGCCUCCAGGCGGUUACCGUUACCUUCUCGAAACAGACAACAAGAUCCUCGCUGAGCAAGUUGGCAAGGCCGAGAAGAUAGAUAACGAAAACUAUGGUAUCAGGUCUAAAGGAUUCUUUGAAUACGUCGCCCCUGAUGGUGUCACUUACAGAGUUGAUUAUACCGCAGAUGAGCGCGGCUUUAUUCCAGUCGGAACCCAUUUACCG